AUGUUUCUUUAUGACUUAGGAGCAGGCAUGGAGACAAAGGCGCCAAGCAACCAGGGGGACCCGGUCUCGUGUUUUCUUGGCUCAGGGCUAGUGCAGCUCCAGCUUCCUCCAUUGGUCGUCUGGUGUCCACACAGCCAAUUCAGCACGCCUUCGCAGCACUCCACCGCCGUCCAGCUGCUCUCUCUCUUUCAACGAGGUCAAAGUCCACAAAAUCUCUCCACAGGAGACAUUCCUUCUUGAUGUACCAGCAAAGGCCCUCAAAUCAUUUCAGUGGUGGCGACAUCGAAGCCGCAACGACACCAACACGUCUUGUCCAGGCCUUUUUUAAAUCCCUCCUCGCAACAGCUCUCUUUCGAUGUUGGCAUAUUCUACUCUUUUAUUUUGCCUGGGCGACGGUGAUAACGCUCAUUAACGUACAUGUCACCAGCUUGACAUUCGCUCCGACGCUUUUAACUGUUGUGGGUACCGUAUUGGGUUUUGUCGUCUCGUAUCGCACAACUUCGAGCUUCGAGAGGUACAAUGAAGGAAGACGAUAUUGGUCGCAGAUCAUGCUCGGAGCGCGGACGCUCGCGAGGGCAGUGUGGUUCCAUGUUCCAGAAUUGCCACCUCCGACUCCUCAAGACGAACAAGAGGGGCGUUCUGAAGAGGAGCGAAGGGCACGGUGCCUCAUCGAGAAGAAGACAGUUAUAAAUCUCAUCGAAGCAUUUGCUGUCGCUGUGAAGCAUUACCUACGCGGCGAAGAAGGCAUUGCCUACGUCGACCUCUACCACCUCGUCAAGUUCCUCCCAUCAUAUUCCUUCCCGACAGGCGUCAUACCAACAGAAUACGAAGCAGCAGCAAACCUCAUGCGUACACAGUCGUACCGUGAUGCUCAGCAGGAACAACAAGAGCAACAGCACGAGAAGCAUGGUAUCGAAAGGGGCACGAGUGACGCGACGUUUGCAGAUACUGACGGAGGGCUGAAUGGCGAUGGUGGGUUUGAUGCUCCUGUGAACGUGAGCAUCGAGCCUGGUACACCCGGAGGAACAUAUAACCCUGCAGCACCGUCAGACGGUGCACCGCAACCACACAUCUCACUUGGUGUACCGCUUCCUGCUCCCGCAACGACGACGAACAGGAAGACGUCCCGUCGAGCCCGCUCUUCCUUCCUUUCCUCGCGUCAAUCAAAGCACCAAAAACCCAAAUCAUCUCCAUUCCCAUCCGCCCUAAAUCGCACUCCGACGUUUAUCGCAUCUUCUGACGACCGAAACGUAACUCUUCUCCCUGCGUCUUUGCCGCCCAAGAACUCCGUAUUCGACAUUUUCCCGUUUUCACUUUUCGUGAAGAUGUUGACUACGAAAGGGAAGCAGGUUGAAGGGAAGAAGGCUGCGAAGCUGAGAGCAAAGACGGUUGUGACGACAAGGAAUGUCCCGCUUGAGAUUUCAAUGUAUCUGACGUCAUACGUUGCUACGAUUGCACAGAGGAAGGUGGUCGAUGUUCCGACGAAUAACCUCUUAAUCGGCUCUGUUAACCAACUUACCGACGCCCUCACUGGCCUCGAACGUAUCCUUACUACACCCAUCCCAUUUUCUUACUCGAUUCACCUAUGGCUGGUCGUGAUCAUCUACAAUCUCGCACUUCCAUUCCAAAUUUACUCGACGAUGAAAUGGCUGACGAUCCCUGCAACUGGGAUUGUGAGUUUCUUCUUCUUCGGAUUCCUUGUUGCUGGUGAAGAGAUUGAGAAUCCUUUCGGAUAUGACAAGAAUGACCUCAACAUGGAUCACUUCACGCACAACAUAAUCCGGAACGAACUGCGUGCACUAACGGCUUUCCCACCCCCAGCACCAGAGCUCUGGGCCUUCUCGCCACGGAACGACAGACUAUUUACAGUGUUCGACCCCCAUUUCGCUAGUGAGAAGAGUGGGUUGGCUGGGAUGUCCGGUUCGGCAGAAAGGGUGGUAGGAAUGCCGCCAAGGGGAGAUUCCAAUUUGAAUGUCGGAGGGGAAGCGGGGAUGCCGACUAGAAUGGACUCUGGGAUGAGCGUGCGUGGACGAUCGGGAGUUGGGUUGACCCCUGAGGAGUGGAUCCGACGCGGGACAGCAGCGAUGAGGGAUGCGUUGGCACGUGCUCGAUGAAUCGCAUUUUUUCAGACUGGGUUGAUGUUCUAGAUCGUGUGUUUAUUUGUCUCGUUCUCGGAAGGUGUUGACGAACCAGCACUAUGCAGAGCGGGAGGUGGAAGGGUAAAGCAGGCAAAGAGCGUAACGAGACAGCUACCAUUCAUAUUUCUUUUCGUAUCUUUCUGUUUCCGUGAUUGAAGGGUUAGAACCUGAUCCUUCAGAGUUUGCCCUCUCACACGAAUACCAUUGUCUCCUUUUAACUCGAGCAUUUUACAUGAUUCACUCGCAUCGGCAUACUUUCUCUCUCAUACUGAAUAUCACUCAUGGCUCUGGAUGAAAUUUCCUUCCACGUAUCAUCUCUUCAUGAGAUCUCCCUUUAUUACCCUGUAUUAUACCAAGCGAAACGUAUGUCGGUGUGAUAUAGCACAUGCAUGUCUUCCAAUGC